AUGUACGCCUCAAGACCCGCUUCCUUAAGAGCCGUCUCACGAAUUGUCACAUCGCGUAUUUUUCGUCCUAAAUUAGUCACAACGAGGGCUUUUAGUUAUGUCAAACCACUUUAUCAGCAAGAGGAAAACCAAAAACUUUCAGAGUAUCAAAAGAAAAAAAUCUUAUUAAAAAAAAAGUUCGCUACCGAAUUUGUUGCUAAAGUUACUCGUCCAGCUCCAUUUUGGGAAGCCUUGGCCGUUGUUGGUGACGAAAUUAAAAUUCUUUCGCUGAAUGACUUUGAAGAUAAAUUUUUGAUAAUGUUAUUUUAUCCAUUGGACUUUACAUUCGGUGAGUCAAAUGUAAUUCCACCAGUUCUGACAUGUUAUUUAAUGAUUACAAGACUAAAAAAAGAAAAUCAAUUAAUUUUAGUAUGCCCAACUGAAUUGAACGCUUUCUCUGAUCGUGCACAAGAAUUCAAAAAUAUUGGGGCUGAAGUAGUUGCAAUUUCUUGUGAUUCACAAUUUUCUCAUUUGGCUUGGAGCAAAAUGCCGCGAGGUCAGGGUGGCAUCGGCGGUAUCAAGAUUCCUCUGGUUGCUGAUUAUUCAAAGAAGAUAAGUGAAGAUUAUGGUGUCUUGUAUGAAGAAAAGGGCAUUCCUUUUAGAGGAACUGUUAUAAUCGAUGACAAGGGAACUGUCCGUGUAAUUCAUAUUAAUGAUACCGAAAUCGGCCGUUCGGUGGAUGAGGUUCUUCGCUUAGUGCAAGCUAUCCAAUUCGCGAAUGAUUAUGGGGAAGUUUGUCCAGCAAACUGGAAAAAGGGUGAUGCAACCAUCGUACCAGAUCCAAAGAAAUCCAUGGCAUAUUUCUCCAAAUUAAAAAACGAAAAAUAA